AUGUCAGACCUUACCAUCCCCGAAAACACCACAGCGCUCGUUCUCCACGCAUUCAACGAGCCGCUCAAUUUGGAAAAGACCCCGACACCAAAGACCACACCUGUCGGGUCGGUCCUGGUCCGCGUUCUGAGCACUGCCGUCCGGCCACACAACCGGGCUGGCUUUUCAGGAAACAGUCCACUCUCCCUCACCGUCCCAUACAACCCGGGAGACACCGGCGUCGGACGCGUCCUCGCUGUCGGCCCCGAUGCGGUAGCCAUCAAGCCGGGCCAGCUCGUGUAUCUCAGCGGCUUUUACCUCGCACGAGACGACCCGGAGGGCACCCGAGUUCUCACCGGCCUUCAUGACGGCUUUGGCGAACCAGGCCAGGCUAAGCUGUUCAAGCACCUGGGCGGGCUUUGGAGAGAUGUUGCCACAGUCCCACUGGAGAACGCCAUCCCCCUCAACGAGAAGCUUCUGGUUGAUGAGCUGGGCUACUCUUUCGGAGAUCUCAACUACAUCCAGCGUCUUUCUGUCGCCUACGGCGGCGUCAGCGCUGCCGAUCUCCACGCCGGGGAGGCUGUCAUCGUGGCACCGGCCACAGGUCACUUUUCCGGCGCCGUGGCCGAGGUUGCCGCCCAGAUCGGCUGCAAGGUCAUCGCGCUCUCUCGAUCGGCCUCCAAGUUAGAACCGCUCACGACCCGCUAUCCCCGCAUCAUCGCCCUGGAGCUUAGCGGCGAUGAAAUGAAGGAUGUUGCGGCCAUCCGAGCGUUUGCUCCCGGUGGUGCGGAUGCCUAUAUCGACGUUGCGCCGCCUUCUGCCACGGCUUCACCCCAUCACCUGACGGUGUCUCUGGGCUCUCUCCGCUCGUUCGGCCGCGCCGUUUUCCUUGGCGCGAUGUUCGAUGUAAAGAUCAGCUACAUGAGCCUGAUGGUUCGUAACAUCAUCAUCAAGGGACAGUACAUGUAUACUCGCGCGGAGCUCGUAUCUCUGGUCAAGAUGGUCGAGGCUGGGGUAAUCAAGCUAGGCAAAGAUGCUGGGCAUCAGAUUGUCAACAGAGGAUUUUCACUAGAAGAGUGGGAGGAAGCUGUCACUAUUGCGGAGAAGGCUUCCAGUUGGGGACAGCAAGUCCUGAUCUACCCCUAG